GUGAAGAGAGAUGAGAAGAACAACAUCGUGUCAGCCAGGUACAACUUUUUGGUGGAAACAGAUGGUCGCUAUUAUAUCAAGACUGGGAAGGACAUCGGAGAAGCCGCCACCAAUGCCUACGUUGCGGAGGGAAAUGAUAAAAAGGUCAAGAUGGGAACCUACUACGGCGAGGAAAAAUACGGCAUCAAAUAUACCAAGCAAUACUUCAACACACUGCGAAAAUUGGAGAAGAAAGAUGGGACCCCAUACCUGUACUUCUUAGGUGCAGCACGACGGUCUGAUUCGACCAAGUCGAAGAGAAUAAUGCCGGCGGAGUACUGCGUGAUCGGUAUUCGCGACCCGGAUCUCAAGACGGGCUGGUACGAUGUAUUUAAAAGAUCCACGUUUGUCAACUUGUACGGCAACGACGCGGUUCGUCGAAUUGAUAACUACUGGAAGGAUCUCGGUGAGAAACCCUCAUUCCGAAUGCCUUUGGAGGGUGAAGGGAAGCCAGCGGCGGCACCUGCUGCGGCAAACCCUGAUAUUCGUACGACAAGAUCCAGCAAUCCUUCUAAUGAGGCCACACAAUCUCUUCGCAACGAUUUGGAUAAGCUUCGUGACGAAGUAAGCUCGAUCAAGGCGGCUACUGAUAGGGUAUUAUCGUUCGAAGAAAAGAUGGCCGAGCUGAUGACCAAGAUGGGGGAGCUGACCACUUCCAUCAACGAAAUGAAGCAGAAAUAGGUGAAUAUCUUGCAGGAUGCCUUGUCGUUCGAGGCUGUUUUAGGCUGAUUGUGGCUUUUUGAAUUUCAAGUUUAUUCUUCUGUUGAGUGUACCGUAGCUUGUAU